ACAGACGGCAGGCGUCAUAGCUUAAUGGUAAAUUCGUGCAGUUGGGUUUAAUGGUUGAGCUUGUCUUAAGCUUCAGAGUAAUGACAUAUUGUGAUGCGAUUUGUGUGCACUUAGUCGUGGAUUUCUCCUUAAAAUGUUGGAAACUCGAUCUCAGCCUCAGCCGCACAGAUAUGAGCUAACCAUGCAGAUUAAUGCCAGCAGGUUUGCUCCUGUGCUACCAGAGCUGGCUGAGGUGGACCACCAUGAGAACCAAAUAUAGUUCCAUAAGGUUAAUGGGCUUAACGGUGCUAAAGCUUCUGAUAACUUAAUGCAUGAUGUGACGGGGUGCAAAUGAUUGCCUUGCAAAUAAAUCAAAUAGAUGCAUCCAAAUUAAGGUUGUCUCCAACUCAUCCCUCUUCUAUGACACUAAUGGGGACCUAAGAUCCACCACUGGAUUUCUAAAUUAAAAACGUCUUCCCCUGAAAGAAACUGGAACAUAAACAUUAGUUGCCAUGCGUAUCAGUCUCUGCCAGGGCCUGCUAACUGGCGCCAUCAUCCUCAACCUCCUCAUUCUCUACUAUGUGUCCCGGGCCCAGCAGCAGAUGAUGGAGAAGAGGAAGGAACUUGGCAGGGGCACGAGGAGGGCUGCCCUACCAGCCUCCGGUCUAGGGGGCGGACUGGGUAUUCUUGUAGGAGCCGGAGGUGAGCCUGGAGUGGUCGGAGUGGAGGGACACAGUCGUGGCCCACGUGUCACUGUUCUUCUUCGGGAGUUUGAGAACUUUGAGAAUUAUGUUGGUGAUGUGGCUAAUUCCUUCCUCCGCCAGAGACCUGAGCUUCCCUUCCUGGCUGUGGCUGACACGUCUCCGUACCCUCCCCUGGUGCUUCCAGAGGGCGCGCGGCUUCUGGUGCUCUCCCCCACCCCGGACCAGCCACCGCAAGCUCACAGGCCGGAGUUCCACGUCCAGACAGAGUUUGUGCUACUGGUGCCUGAUGGGGUGGAGUUGGAGCAACCUCGGGCUAUCGAGAGGCUGAUAAGGGAGUUGGAAGGUGAGGGUGGGGGGCCUGUGAGGCUGGUAGCCGCACCCGUGUUGGCUCGAUCUGCUGUGCAGUGUCUCCACCUGCGUGUGAACCUCAGAGAGUGGACAGCCACCUACUCGCCAGCUGCAUCAGGUAGCAGCGGGAGUGUGUGUACGGCUCUGCAAGGAGAUGCAGUUGUCCUAAUUCGCACUGAGGAUCUUUUUAACCUCUCUGUCCCUCUGGGUCGGCCCCUCUUCUCCUCGCUCUUCGUCCAGACUGCUUUGAGAAGUUGGAAGGUCAAGCUGCUGGAGAGCCCCUGUUUCUCCGCAAACCACCGGCCCCUCUUCAGCUCCGCUCACAACCAGUGGAAGGCCGACACUCGACUGAAGGAGGCCACCGGGAAGCUCAUGAGGAGCUUUGGUCUGAAGCGCCUCCUGCUACCUGAUGGGAAGGAGCAGUGGUAUGGCUGCAGUAAAGAGACACCUCGCUGCUUUGGUACUGUGCAGGAUGACACUCCGGACUACCUUUAUCUGGAUCGCUGGACACCUCCCUGCUGUCUGCGAGCUCUCAGGGAAACUACUAAGUAUGUUAUCAAUAUCCUGGAGACCUCAGGUGUGCGCUACUGGCUAGAGGGCGGGACUCUCCUGGGCGCUGUCCGCCAUCAGGACAUCAUCCCAUGGGAUUAUGACGUGGACCUGGGCAUCUACCUGGAGGAUGUGCCCAACUGUGAUCACUUGAAGAAUCUGGACUCAGGCUCUCUUGUGGAUGCUAAUGGCUACGUCUGGGAGCGUGCAGUGGAAGGAGACUUCUACAGAGUCCAGUACAGCGAGGCCAACCACCUGCAUGUUGACCUUUGGCCAUUCUAUCCACGAAAUGGUGUCAUGACCAAAGACACAUGGACAGAGCACAAACAAGACGUGGAGUUCCCAGAGCACUUCCUGCAGCCGCUGGUGCCCAUGUCCUUUGCUGGCAUUACUGCCUAUGGCCCCAACAACCACCGAGCCUUCUUGGAGCUCAAGUUUGGAGAGGGGGUUAUUGAGAACCCCCAGUAUCCCAACCCUACAAAAAAGAGGCUGGACAGAAGCAAGUUAUGAGAGAUGAUGGAGACUUAUUCUUAGGUGGUACUGUAUUUGUUUACCUAAUAACAGCACAGAAAGUUUUUGAAAAACAGCCUAAAAGAUGAUGCCUGGAAACUAACGAGGUGCCAAAAUGACUGCAUUUGCUGUUAGUUUUAACGAAAUUGAAAUCAAUACACUGGUGCAUUUACAUCAGGCAAACCUUACAGAGUCAAAGACUGGUUUUACUACAUGGUGUACUAAAUCUGUAUGUGUUGUACAGUAAAGAAUAUGACUGCUAUAAACAUGAUAAGUACUUUUAAAUGAUAUUGAUAUUGGUUUCUUUUUAAAAGAAGGUUUUGUACAGAAUUAUUUAAUAAUACGUGGUUAUGCCCAUUACAGGUGUUUUAUGAAUUUCUUGACUGUGUUGCAGUGAUUUGCACUGAUUCUUUCAGUUUUGCACAGUUUAUAAAUGAAUGUUACUGUAUAUCGGUGCCAUUUGGUACAGCCGUGAUGUGGCGAGUCAAUUUCCACGUGGUAAAAUGAGAAACACAUCGUCAUUCAUCCUGUUAUUCUUGGCAUAUGGAUAGGAGGAAAUGUUGCCCUAUCAGGCCUUAGUAUUCAGUAUAAAACAUCAAACUCUUGACUGAUUUUGUAAAUGAAUAUUAACCCUCAGCUCGAUUAUGUGUGUUUCUACUGAGCACCAAUAAUGUAUUGACUCAAACGGAAUUUCAAUUCAGUAGAUCAUUCAAAGAAAACAUUUUGUGCACAAGUUGCACAUAGAAAACACACCAGCUUCUCUGGGUAUGACAUGUUUCCUGUAGUGUUACGUGUGUGUGUGUGUGUGGUCUGUGUGUGUGUGUUGUGUGUGUGUGUGUGUGUGUGUUGUGUGUGUGUGUGUGUCGUGU